UAAGGAAGCCAAUUAGAUUUCUGGCUUAUUGAAGCCAAACCCGGAAAGCAAACUAAAUAAAAUUAAAAUGAGAAGCUUGUGAAAGUGGAGUGUUUUUCUUUUCAGCGAAGAAGAAUUUCAACUUUAAGACGAAGAAGGGAAUAGUUUUUAAAGAGAAAAUUUUAAAACAUGAGCGAUGUUUUUAAGUAGAUUAAAAUGGUAGACAAAGGUUUCAUACUUCACAUAAUGGAUUUCAGUUUAAAAACUCAGAUAAUUACAUGCAUUCUGUGCCUUGUCGUAAGUGAAUUGCAAGGAUACCCACAACUGGAGAAAAAGGCUACAAACCAGUUAUCACAAUUCGCAGCCUCACCUCACAAAAAAAUAGAAAAGAGAAAUGCUGAGUGGUCAAACAGGAAUGUUGAUGAACGCGCUGAAUCCACCCAAACUAGGGAAGCAGUGGUAGAAAGUGGAAACUAUGAAGCCAUUACGAACUCACCAAAAAUCAUACGAGUUAGGUUGCAUAAUGGAUCCCGAUCAAGACAAUUUAGGAAGGAAAAUGGUGAUGAUCGUAAUAAGACUACAAAUAUUUCUGAACCAGCACAAAAACAAGAUGGAAAAGUUGUAAGGGUGAAAAAGUUUAAGAGGAAAAAACCGGCUUGGGAAACUACUACACAAAAAACAACAACGACCCCCAUUCGUACCACAACACCUAGGUAUAUUCGUCAAACAACAAGAGCACCUCGCACAACUAGAGUUCCCAGUACACAAAGUUCUGCGUAUGCCCAUAUUACAGUAGUGAAUAAAAUAGAAAGGGAUCAAAAACCGAAGAGGAAGGAAAAAGUAAAAAACUACAGUUUGUGGGUGCCAGCAACUGAUUCCAGUGAGAGGAUUCAAAACGUAGAAUCUAGUUCUCCGAGUAGUAGAGAAAACGAAAGGCGAAACUCCGGAAAACGAAAACAUCAGAAUAACGAUUUUGAUCUUUCAGGCAGAGAGACUGAAGACACACCUGUUUCUACAAACUACAAGAGCCAGAGAUUACCUGCAGCCAAGACAGAGAUUAAAUCGAGAGAAAUUAACCGAAAGGAAAAUUCAACAAAGCCCUUACAGGACCCUGAAUCAAAAAGAUUUCCAAAAGAUGGUAUUUCACAAGGGGACCACUUUGGACGACUGUAUAAUCCUAGCGUAGAAUAUUCUGAAAGCAAACAGGAACAUGCAGACAAAUUGAAACCAGUACUAGAUCAUGAAUCAUUGAAAGCAAAAACUCAUAAAUCUGAAGAAAGAGGUAGACUUAACACGCCCUCGACUUCGAGAGAUUUUGAAAUCUUGGAUGAUAACAGGAACAUCGAAAAAUUGUCCAAUGAUACAGAUGAAUCAAAGAGUACUUCACACUUUAAUCAGUUAGAAACAACACCUCUACCAGGUCCGCCUUACCAAGACUUUGGUGUCUUUAAUGGUCGAUUCCCGAAUUAUGGAAAUUCAAGAUUUCUAGGACAAACUUUUGAUACUGAUCCGUUCUUUCAAUCGAAUCAACAAUAUCCACCCCCUCCCAUGCAGCAACCAUACAAUCCUUUCUACGGCCCUCAACAAUAUCCACCAUACUAUUCAAGACCACAACAAAUUCCGCCUUCUUAUUCAGCACCAAGUGGCAUGGGUUUUCCUCAAUAUCAACCGAGUCCUCAUUUGCUAUCAGUGAGAAGAUCAAUAUUAGAUACUAUUGAAAGAGAUGAGUCCUCUGAAACGACAACCGAGUUUUCUUUGCCGAAGUUUGAAAUACCGUCUAUUGAUUUCAACGACAGAGGUUGUAGAACUGUGUACAAAGAAGUUAAUGCUGUCCCUGGUGCCCAACCUUAUGGCCUACCAUUUGAAAAUAAAGCAAAGAGCGUCAUAAUGACAAGAGAGUGUAUUUUUCCGGAUGGUGUUCCAACAACUGAGCCUAAAAUUACAGAAACUACUGAAAGUGAAACUACUACAUAAUAGAAAAAAAGACAAUGCCUUUUUUUUCUGAAUAGAAAACAAUAUCAAUUCAUAUUUAUGAAUUCAUGUUGCAUUUGUCUUGUUUUUGUCUUUAUCCCUUGAGGCACUUUUGGAAAACUGUUCUUAAAAAUUCUGUAAUUCUUAAUUAAUACAGAACUUAGGAAUAAAUAUCUUUUCAAGCAACUUUUUGAAGAAGAUAAAAGACAGGAAAUGUUAACGCUGUGUUAAAGACAAAUAGGCUAUGCAUGAAUUAAUUCCCAAUGUUCUAUCUUUUAAGCACCGAAAUUUGGUUCUUAAGCAAAGUUUUCACUCCUCUAGGUUUUCAAACUGCUCCAGGCACAAGUUUUUUAUUUCGCAGACUAUAUUUCGUUGAAAUCAAAUGCAAUUAAGUAUUAUUUUUGCUUCAAAACGAAAAAAAAGACUGAAAAGAAGCAGUUUAUUUCAUCCCAUAGAACUAGUUCUUAAUUUUUUACUCCUUAUUUUCAGUUUAAAAAUUUAAAAAGUAUUUGUGCUAAUUGAGAAAUUACGCAUUGAAAAAAAAAUAUGGUCAAAACUACCAGAAUAUGGUAAAAUCGACCGUAUUUCUAGUUCUAUGAAAACAUCAGAAAGCUUGGUAAUUUUCACCGAAGAGCUAUAGUAAUGAUUUCAGAAAAAUCAGCAAUAAAAUUUGGUUUCAUAUUAUGUAAUAAUUGGUUCUAUAUUUGGUUU